AAUAAAGCAUGUUUUAGUGGGUGAAUGAAAAAUAUUGAGAAGUUUGUUGUGAAAAGUUUUUCAAUCAUUUUUUUUGCUGGAAAUUCGCUAAAUAAAUCGUGAAAACUGUGUGGAAGUGCUGGAGGAACAUCUUGGGCAGGAACUCCGCCAAAUAAUUCAAAGAUCAAAAGUGAUUUAACUGGAAGAAAAAGAGAAUUUUCUGCAUCGCUGACAGCUACAUUUCCGGAAGACUUUUUGGGGAAGGAUUCUUUGGAGGUUUCCCGGGAAAAGGAAGGAAAACUUCCUGGAUAGAGCUCAGUGUGUGGCUGAGGGAUUAGGGAGGAAUGCAAAAAUAGAGAAGGAAAGAUGUUCCCAAUUGAUAAGGCAAAGAUGCCGGGAGAUGCCCGUGAGAAGAAUUAUCAGAGCACAACGUGGUCCCUGAAUCCUCAGGCGUAUCAGAAUGUCUCUAAUGACAUGGUGGAUUGGGCAGCUCUGGCUCAGCAAUGGAUUCAGAUGAAGGAGACCUGUCCGAGUGAAGAUAUGCCAGCAGCUCCUCCCCCUCCGCCCCUUUCGGGGAGUGACUUUGAGGAACAAGGAGAGGCUCCCAUGGAAGUUGUGGAGAAGGAUGAGGAACCCCCUGUGCCACCUAUGCUUAGUGUCCCACAAGGGGGGAAUCAGUGGAAUCCCACGUGGAAUUCCUUCAGACCACAAAAUCAAUGGCGUCCAGGAUGGAGUAGUUGGCCAAAUCCGAGCAUGGUAGCUCCACCAGCACCCUCACUCAUGCGUGCAACGACAGCAAUCCUUCCGGGUGACUUCCGGACACCUCCGCCGGCUGUUGUGCAGCAACUCGUCGCCGCUCCUGCUGCCGCCUGGCCGCGCGCUCGCUUCCCAGCCGCCGCAAUCCUUGCCCCAACGCUGCCGGAACCAAAGGUGGAAUGUCACGUAAGUAGUGCACCAAAAUCAGAUGUGAAUUUUAUUCAAGCAGACACCACCACGACGAUCGAUGCGGCGAAACGAAAAAAUUUACCAGCAUGGAUCCGGGAGGGCUUGGAGAAGAUGGAGCGCGCAAAACAGCGGCAGGCGGAGAAGGAGCGCGAAGAACAAGAACGACGUGAGGAGAUUGAGAAGCGUCGGCAAGUUGAGGAGGCAACCCUCAAGGAACUUGAGAGAAUGAAGAAGGAAGAGGAAGAGGAAGGUGCCAAGCUGCCGGUGAAGAGUAAAUUUGAAUCUGACACAGAUUCGGAGACGGAUGGGGAGAUUUCAGAUAGACGUCCACGGCGGGGUAAUGAUUCCUCACGGAGUCGAUCACCAGAGGUAAAGAAGGCAGAGGUUGUGAAGAAAACAAUGGAAGAGGUGAUGCUGGAUGUGAGGAAGACACUCACGGAAAUCCUCUUGGAGGUGACAAAUGAAGAAAUCCUAGAUGUAGCCAAGGAAACCGUUGCAAGAGCUCAGAAAAAGACAGGACCCAAAGUAAUUGUUGGGCAGAGCUCAAAUAUAACUACAAGCAAUCUACCAGCAAGUCUGGGCCUUGCCAUUUACGGGAGUAGUGACAGCGAAGGCGAUGAGACUGAUAAUGAUGAAAAUACUCAAGGAUCUGGAAAGAAUGAAGACAGUGACGGGAGAGAUUCGGCAGAUUCAGAUCUUGAGUUGCAGGAGAAGAUAAAGCGUCAGGUGAAUGCCUUCAAGAAGACUUCGCGUGAGAUUGAGGAGCAACUUGCGGAGGAGGAUGAACGUGAGGAACGCCGGAGGCUUGAGAGGGAAGAACGUGAGCAACGGCGUAAGCUCUCGUUCUAUGAUGCAAAGAAUAAUGGGAACGUCGAGAAAAAUAGAGAUGGUGAGACUGAACAACUUGAUAGAAAUAGCACAAAAGCUGGCAAAAGUUCUCGCCCUAAAAAGCAAUCACGCUUCAGUGAUCCGAAGGAUACGGUCCGAGGAACGCACUUGACGCACGUUUCGAUCCUCGGAGCCUACAAAUCGGACGCUCUAGCGGCGGGUUUGUCAAAAUUGCGCCAAGUGGGUGAGGCAUUAGAGGCAGCUGCUGAGCGCUCAAGUAGCAGCUCACGAUCAGCAAUGGUGACGACUUUAGCGUCCAGAACGGGUAGUAGUAGCCAUGCGAAGGGCUCCCGUUCACGACGACGCAGCGACAGCUCAAGUGAUGACGACGACGAGGUGUCCUCGACGUCUUCGAGUAAUUCAAACCGAAGACGUCGCCGUAGAUCGCGUUCGAGUGAUCGUCACAGUCGUCACAGUCAUUCGUCGCACAGUUCACGGCGCACACGAUCACGAUCGCGAUCGCGUGAAAGGAAAGCAGAUCGCCGAAGUCGCUACUAAGUUGGGAUCUUCUUCUCACAAUCAGGUGGUAUUUUACUAUUAAAAGAACAACAUUAAUGAUCUUCCCCUCCCACAUGCGCCCUUGAUUACCCUCUGAGAUCGUCUUUCCCCCCAAAGAAAAGAAAAGAAAAAAAUCUUUGAAUGCAGCGCGAUUUCCUUGAUCAAUGGCGGCCCCAUUUAAUGGCUUCCUUGUAGUGCUUAUAAAAUUCUCCUUUUUCUUAGACUCACUGACGCAUUUCGAAAGCGUUCUCCCACACAAACAUCUCACCCUUUUAUCUCUUUCGAAAUAAAGAAGUAUUGAAAAAUGUUUA